CUCUCCUUAUAAAGGCCGGCCGGAGGUAGCUUUGUGUGCCAUUUGAGGCCACUCAGCUUUCUCUAACUCUACUCGAUUUGGGCUACUUGAUUGCCAAAGGAUUCUUCUUCUUCCUCUUCUUCUCCCACGAUCGAGAUCAGCUAGCUAAUGGGGUUCCCGGCGCCGGUGUUCUCAGAGUGCGAGGUGCCCAGGUUUCUUCUCAACCUCGUCUUCCUGCUCGCCUGCCUCCGCCGCCUCUCCUCCUGGCUGCUCCGCCUCGUCGGCGCUGGCGUCGACGACGACCCCAGCUUUCACCACCCCACUACCUCCGGCAUCACCGACUACCACCGCCAUCACCGGGAGCAGUACGAUGAUUAUGAAGACCGCUGCCUCGAGGAGCUGGAGAAGCACUCCCCGGCCAUGCGCUUCGACGCGCUCUCCAGCGCCAGAGGCGAAGAUCUGCUGCUCCCGGGGAGCUGCGCGGUGUGCCUCGGCGACUUCCACGGCGCCGCGCGCGUGCGUCGGCCGCGCGGGUGCCGGCACGUCCUCCACCGCGCCUGCCUCGACCGCUGGGCCGCGCAGGGCCACAGCACCUGCCCGCUCUGCCGGGCGCCGUUCCUCCCGCCCUUCCUCCUGCCGCUGCCGCUGCCGGCGUCAUGAUUCCCUCCGGGUGUUGUUUGCAUAAUCCGGCGACUGCAGCAGGCGAAUCCUGAGGAGGUUGUUUUCGGUUGGGUUUGUACGGAGACCAUGACGGUGAGCUGUCGAAUUAUUUUCCGACCGGCCCCUCCUUUUGAGAGUUAUCACAAUAAUGUCCUCGGAGAUGGGGAUUAGAAGCUUCGGUUAUUUUGGAAUUUGGAUUUCACUGAAGUAAAAUCCAUAUACCAAGAAGAAGAGGUGGAUAUAUAUACAUCAAGAAAUAGAUUACAUGAAGAUAGAGGGAUGAAUGUGAAUAUAUGUAGAGAUCUUGAGAAGAGUUUUUUUCCCCUCUACUCACUUUUAGUCUCAUUUACUUCUUGCUAAGAUUUUAGCAAUACAUCUGUAAAAAGAUUUCAGCAUAUCAUAUUUUUUUAUCUUUUAUACUACUCACCCUCAGGGGGUUUGGGAAUUGUUCAUAUAUACAGUUUAGUAGAUAUUCUGUGUAUUAA